AUGGAGAACGUCACGGCCAGCAGUGCCAGGAACUCAUGCACCUUCCACGAGGAGUUCAAGCAGGUCCUGCUGCCCCUGGUCUACUCGGUGGUGUUCAUGAUCGGGCUGCCUCUCAACGCCAUCGUCAUCGGGCAGAUCUGGCUGUCCCGCAAGGCACUCACCCGCACCAUGAUCUACAUGCUGAACCUGGCCACGGCCGACCUGCUCUACGUGUGUUCCCUGCCACUCCUUAUCUACAACUACACCCAGAAGGACUACUGGCCCUUUGGGGAUUUCACCUGCAAAUUCGUCCGCUUCCAGUUCUACACCAACCUGCACAGCAGCAUCCUCUUCCUCACCUGCAUCAGCGUCCAGCGGUACCUGGGCAUCUGCCAUCCCUUGGCCUCCUGGCACAAGAAGAAGGGCAAGAAGUUCACGUGGCUGGUGUGCACGGUGGUGUGGCUCCUAGUCAUCGCCCAGUGCUUGCCCACCUUCGUCUUUGCCUCCACAGGCACACAGAGGAACCGCACCGUGUGCUAUGACCUGAGCCCCCCAGGCCGCUCCACCAGCUACUUCCCCUACGGCAUCACGCUGACUGUCACCGGCUUUCUGCUCCCCUUCGUGGCCAUCCUGGCCUGCUAUUGCAGCAUGACCAGGAUCCUGUGCCAGAAGGAUGAGCUCAUUGGCUUGGCCGUGCGCAAGAAGAAGGAUAAGGCCAUCCGCAUGAUCAUCAUCGUGGUCAUCGUCUUCUCCAUCAGCUUCUUCCCUUUCCACCUCACUAAGACCAUCUACCUGAUCGUCCGUUCCUCACCCAGCCUGCCCUGCCCAGCCCUGGAGACCUUUGCCAUCACCUACAAGUGCACGCGGCCCUUUGCCAGCAUGAACAGUGUCCUGGACCCCAUCCUCUUCUACUUCACCCAGCGCAAGUUUCGGGAGAGCACCCGCUACCUCCUCGACAAGGUGAGCUCCAAGUGGAGGCAUGACUACUGUGUGAAAUACGGCUCAUAGCCAGGAACGGAUCCGGUUGUGGUGA